AUGAAAGGCGCUAAGUGUGAUUUAAAGGAAUCUGAUAUUUAUCGACCAAUAAAAGCGGACGAAUCUGAAAAACUGACCGAUCAUCUCGAGAAGUACUGGAGUCACGAACUGGACAAACUGAAGAACCUGGAAUACACUGAGAAUAAAGACGGGCAGAAGGUGCCACUGAAGGAAAACGCUCGUCCGAAAUUAUACAAGGCGAUCUUCAACGCUUUUUGGUUGCCAUAUUUUAUAAUCGGAAUCUGGUUAUUUAUUCAAUGCAGCGUGGUACGCGUUGCGGUACCGAUCUUUCAGGAUUGGAUUAUCGACUACUUCUCUAGAAACCAGAUCGCGAAGUACAAGACAGAAAGGAACGAAGUGCUAUUCUACAUCAGCUCCAUGGUCAUUUGCAAUAUCAUAUCCGCUCUAAUAAUGCACCAUACGUUACUGCUGUCGCAACAGAUCGGCAUGAGGAUACGCGUCUCCUGCAGUUCCCUCCUCUACCGAAAGUUAUUACGUUUGAACAGAGCGUCCAUAGACCAAACCGGUACUGGACAGAUCACGAAUCUUCUCAGCAAUGAUGUCAGUCGCUUUGAUGAGUUAAUGACAUACCUGAAUUACAUAUGGAUCAUGCCUAUUCAGAUCAUGAUCAUAGGAACUAUUAUGUGGCAAAAGAUUGGUAUUUCGGUUUUUGCCGGCAUCGGAACGCUGUUGAUCAUCACCCUAGUGGCACAAGGGACCUUCAACUUGUUGAUCCCCAAAAUCAGAGCUAUGAUCGCGACACUGACCGACCGAAGAUUGCAGCUGAUGAGUGAACUCGUAGCCGGGAUACAGGUGGUAAAGAUGUACGUUUGGGAGAAACCAUUCAGCAAGAUCGUGUCGAUGACCAGAGAGCUGGAAAUCAAAGAAAUCAAAUUCUCGUCGUACGUGCUUGACGCAUAUUUGGUCAUACCAAUCUUCAUCGAUCGACUGGCCCAUUACUCCACUUUGAUAAUGUUCGUCCUAAGUGGAAAUGACUUGACUGCCGAUGUUACCUUCGUAACAUUCACGUACUUUAGUAUUCUUCAUAUUACCAUCGGGGUGUGCAUUCCGCUGGCGCUAAUAAAGCUGGGCGACUCAAUAGUGUCUACAAAUCGAUUGGAGGACUUUCUGCUGAUGGACGAAGUGAACAUGAAACGUUUAGAGAAGACGCCGCAGUUACAGGAUAAAUCUCAGAAAUCAAACGAAGCGACUAAUGUAGAGAAUCACACAGACAGGUCCAUCUCAAAAAAUGGGACUAUCGCGCUUUCGGAACUUCAGGAAACUUCUGACCUUCCGGUCUGCGUGAAGCUUCAGCAAGUUUCCGCCAAUUGGAUAAACGGCCAAUUGCCGCCGACUUUGUGCAAUAUCAACUUGACCAUCAAUCCGGGCCAGUUAUGCGCCGUGGUUGGCGCCGUGGGCUCCGGCAAAUCGUCUCUGUUACAUCUGCUGCUGAAGGAGUUGGAUCCCGGCGCGGGUUCAGUGCUUCUCACCCAGGGCUCUUCGAAGAACAGUUUUCUGCGCAUCUCCUACACCAGCCAGGAACCCUGGCUCUUCAGCGGUACUGUGAGAGACAACAUACUCUUUGGUCAACCCUACGACAAGGCCAGAUAUAUUCAAGUGGCAAAUGUGUGCGCCUUGACAAAGGAUUUCCGGCAGUUUCCACAAGGAGACAUGACGAUGAUCGGCGAAAGAGGUAUAACUCUGUCCGGAGGCCAAAGAGCGCGAGUCAAUCUUGCGAGGGCGGUUUAUAGGCAGGCGGAUCUCUAUCUGUUCGACGAUCCCUUAAGCGCGGUGGACUCUCGUGUCGCCAGGCACCUCUACAGGAAGUGCAUCACCGAGUAUCUCCACGGCAAGACAAGGAUACUCGUCACCCAUCAGUUGCAAUUUCUCAAACGCGCGGAUCACAUCGUCGUGUUGAAUCGA